AUGAGCUACUUCCUGUCCUACUGCAAAGCACACUGCACCACCGUGCUCGCUCAAUAUCAGAGCCUGAGAUCAGAGGGCUUUCUCUGUGACAUUUUGCUGAAAGUGAAAGAAAACGAGUUUCCUGCACACAAGUCCUUGUUGGCAUGCUCCAGCGACUACUUCCGAGCCAUGUUCAAAAGUUAUACCCAAGAGUCUAAAGCCAGUGUCAUUCACCUACAAGUUGUCUCACCCACUGGGCUCCAGCACAUCCUGGAUUUCAUUUACACAUCCUUGCUGCCCCUUUCCUUUGAAAGCCUGGAGGAUACCUUGGAAGCUGCAAGCUACUUGCAAGUCACUGAUGCUAUCGGCUUGUGCAAUCAGUACUUAGUUAACAAUCUUGCCUUGGAAAACUGCUGCUACUCCGCCAAUGUGGCCAGGAAGUUCUACCUGCCAGAUGCCCUAGCAGCUGCAGAAAAAUACAUUAUCAAAAAUGUCUGGAAGCUGCUGGACUUGGAUUUGUCAGGACUUCUCGAGCUGAACUUCAGAUCUUUGCUAGCAGUGAUUCAAUCACCAGAUCUCCCCAUGGUGGAAGAAUGCCGCCUGUUGAAUCUUGUCCUGCUGUGGUUGAAGCAGGAUAAAUCCAGGCUGGAUCACGCAAGCAGCCUUUUAGAGCACAUAAGAUAUGGUCUCAUCCCAGUGGAAGAGCUGAGAAAAACCUACACACAGUCAGAAGUGUCCCUCUCAGCAGGUAUUAAGUGCUUGAUCAUAAAAGCAAUAAAUUAUCACACAUCUGUAUUCAAACAACCUGUCCUGCAGGAUAAGUCCACCACACUGAGGAACCAGAAAACUCGGAUCAUUCUGCUGGGGGGAGGCACAGCAAGCGAGGGGCUUGUCACUGACGUGGUGUCCUUCGAUGUUUACAAUCACAAAUGGCGAACCCUCACACAGCUGCAGGACAGGGUGCAGAACCACAGCGUGUGUGUGGUGGGGAACUUCCUCUAUGUCUUGGGUGGGGAGAUAGAAAGUGGUACCCUGGGUGAUGCUAAAAUUGGAAAGACCUUAUUGGUUACAAACAAGGUCCAUCGGUAUGAUCCAAGAUUUAACACAUGGACCCAAAUCACGGGCAUGCUGGAAAAGAGAUGCCAGUUUUCUUGCUGUGUCCUAGGCAAGGAUAUCUUUGCCAUUGGUGGAAGGGGUGAGGACGGGUCGCUGCAUUCAUCUGUGGAAGUCUAUGACAUCAGCAGGGAUAGAUGGACGAAGGCCAGGGAAUUGCCAUGCAGGAUACAUGGUCAUGCCAGUGCUGUUUGCAAGAACACCAUAUACAUCUCUGGGGGCAAGUACUCGGCCUCAGCCAGCACAAGCAAUGACGUUUAUUCUCUGAGCUCACUUGAAGGGCAGUGGGUGAAACGUGCCCCAAUGAGCAUUGCUCGGUUUGGGCAUCAGAUGGCAACAAUCAGGGGAUCCAUAUUCACCUUUCUGGGACUAUAUGAACCUUUCUCUGAAAUAGAAAGGUAUGACCCGGAUCAAAACCAAUGGACUCGGUUGAAACCACUGGUCUACGAUCGAUUCUCCUACGGCCUGGCAGUGGUAGAGGAAACAGCUCUUCUUAUUGGGGGAAAGAAAUGGCAAAACUCGCUGGAGGUCUCCACACAAGACGUGGUUGGCUAUGACAUUGACAACGAUGGCUGGGAAGAGAUCUGCAAGGCCCCUCUGCCGUGGUGUGGGCUGCAGUGCGCCGUGCUCCAGCUCUCCGAGGUGGCCGAAGAGCAGGACAGUGACAGCCAGCAGAAGAAGCUGCCCAACUGUUGA